CUACAGGUUGAUGAAAAUCUCUUCUUUCGUUGUUGGGCUGUCAUGUAACACGUGUUCUUCGCGUGUUACGUCAAUCUGAUUGGCUAACGCAGUUGAGACCGUGCUCUCGCAGGGCUUGAAGAUAGUAAAUAGAGACUUCUCAAGAAUACUGCAGCCGAGACAAACGAAAAUGGAGAAGCCGAAAUAGGUCAAGGUCAUUCUAUACUGGCUUAAUCGUGGUUUUCCACAUCCUUCCAGGAUUUUGCAGUACUUCAGCCAUACGGAUCAAUUUCGGUGCGAGAGAAAAAUGGAUGGAUGACGAAUCUUUUUACCAACAAGCCAUCCAAGGACUUUACUGUCUCGAUUUGUCGGUGUUUACAACACGUCCAUAUUGCACCUCGUUAUUAAGGUUGUUUUGAAUUUCCUUGAUAGCCAACUUUUCCCCUUAUCAUGAGUCGGCUAUUCACGAAUCUUUCCUUCGAAUCAUGGCUGAAGACGAACUGCCGGUGGAUUUGCCGGAGCAGCGAAACGCAGAUAAGAUGCAAUGCUUCGGUUUUUGGCUCCCAAACACAAGCUUGGUCUUACGUGAAACAACAGACUUUGGAUGAAACGUCUGCGAAGCCAUCGAUUCGCCUGACCCCAUUCCAAAUGCUCUGGGCCGGAAGAUUCAAAGAUGGAACCCACUUACUGAAAAGUGCCCAGUUUCUUCAAAAAGAAUUACCUAUUCGUGUUGCUCGUCGUGUUGUUGACUUUCAAAAACUGCCUCACAUUGCUCUGUGCAAUCCAGUCAUUCAUGAUAUGUAUGAGCUAUAUCUUAGAGCUUUUAGUAUGCUGUGCAAAUUUCCAAAGGUGGAAAAUCUUGAAGCAGAGGAAAGAUAUUGUCGCACUAUCAGACAACUCUUGGAUGAUCAUCAAAGUGUUGUCACCCACCUAGCAGAGGGAUUCCAUGAAUGCCAGAAAAAUGUCCCAUAUGAAAUAAUAGAUGCCUUUCUGAAUCGUACCCUGACAUCCAGGCUUGGAAUCCGCAUGCUAGCAGAACACCAUCUUGCUCUUAGCGUGGACAAGCCAAACUACAUUGGAAUUAUUUGUACUCACCUAAACCUCAAACAGAUUGUUGAGAGAAGUGGUGACUUUGCCAGGCAAGUGUGUGAACAUACUUAUGGUGUGGCUCCAGGACUUAUUGUCAAUGGCCACACACAAGCUGUCUUUCCUUAUGUUCCUGCACCUCUUGAGUACAUUCUUCAGGAACUCUUGAAAAAUGCCAUGAGGGCCAGUGUGGAAUUUCACCUCGACAGACCCAAUGAAGUGCCCAACGUUGUAGUCACACUGUGCAGCAAUGAUACUGAAUUCUUUGUCAGGAUUUCUGAUCGCGGAGGUGGCAUCUCUGAGUCCCAGCUCCAGGAUAUCUUCAAGUAUUCAUUUACCACCAUGGGUGACCGUAGCACCAUAAGGCCCACAGACAACGACAAUAUCUUCUCAGAAAUGUGUGCAGGACACCCCAGCAGUUCACCAAGUGGGGGUCCCAUGGCAGGAUGGGGCUUUGGUCUUCCUACAUCUCGUGCUUAUGCUACAUAUCUUGGAGGAUCACUUCACCUGCUGUCCAUGGAGGGCCUUGGUACAGAUGUGUAUUUGCGGCUAAGGCACAUUGAUGGAAAGAAGGAGAGCUUUCGCAUUUAAUCUGGGAGCACUUCAGCUCCCAGUGAGCAUGUUUUGGCCCUAAGGAGUCUGCUCUGCUUGUCACCAAGAGAACUGAUUCUCUAAGACAAUAGUCGUUUUUAAAAUAUUGCACGUUAGGGAAAUAUCUAUUUGUCAAAAGGAAUUAAUGAAAAGAGUUGAUCAAAACUGAAAAAUCAUUGACCAACAAAAUACCCUAUGUAGUCAGCCAAUUAAUCUAAAUAAAUCCCAGUUAGUUACAAAUGAAGUCGAACUUUCUGGGCUCUACCAACAGAUUGCAGAUGUUUUACUUCAUUUCUAUUAUUCACACGGAGUUGUCCCGUAAGCAUUGAAGGUCCCAACAAUAUCCACUGGUUUAUCACUGCAUGGUCUUAACUCACACUUGAUAUAUAGGAUGAACGUGGAGGCUUUUCAGUUAACCAUGCACCUCAUUUGGCCAUUGUUAUAAGUAACUAUCUUUCACUGAUUGCUCCGAUCUGGUAGUCAAUAAGUACCUAGAGGAUCCUAUUGAGACCGCGUAUCAUGUCCCACAAUGAACAGUUUUAUUAGAUCUAAAUUACACUUUACAAAUAUAUCGCAAUGAUUAUUUAGGUAUUAUUAUCAUUAACAUUAUUAAAAAGAAUAUCAGAUUUGUAAUGUUCGUCUCAUAUUGAAAUAGCUAUUUUAAACGCCAUGAGUUUGAAAUUGAGUCAUA